UCCUGAGGUCUUCCUUAUCCACUCACCUUGUACUUUCCACCCCGCACCCUCCCGCGGAGUGUGUCUAGGUUUCUCAAAGAAGAGUUUUGCAUGAAGGGGAAAUGCGAUUGAAAGCAGAAGAAAAUAGCUGGAUCGUAAAAAGUCAGUUCGUUUUGAACACUUCUGCUCUGCUUACCGUGUGCGUUUUGAAUAUGGAUUGUCUAUUAAGCAUAAGAUUUUAUUAACGAAGCAAGGGAGUUUUUGUAAGAAAAAGUUUUAAAAGUUUCUCCUCCCCACCCAUGUGAUGGUAGCAACUAAGUUUUUCUGUCCCACCUGAUAAAUUACUGGGAUGUUUCCAAAGCUCAGGGGGACAGUGUGAAUUUGGGGUCCUUAUCCUGAUGCGAAGACCCGAUAUGCAGUUGUUAGAUGCCUAUUUAUUAUGUUUUGGUCUUUCCUAUUGCUGUCACUUUUGUUUCCUGUUAAUUCUCCUCCCUCCCCUUUUCAGAAGCCUUGAGACUUUUUUGGAGGGAAGCUCAAAACUGCUGACUUGGGUUAGUUUGGGGGUUUAUAUGUGAUUGCUGUCAGCAAGAAUCAUCAGAAGUGUGUUUGAAAAGUAUUUGUUGUUUAUUAUGUUUGGUAUUAUGUAAGGGAAUCAAGUACAAUUAUUUGUAAAAGUAUUUUUCUUUUGCCUAUUUUAAGUUCAUUCAAAAAGAAAAAAAAAAUAUGUAUGGACUGUAAUUUUGCCUGUGACUGACAGAGUGACAAUAUGGUACUGAAGCUCAUCCCUCGAAUCGGUAGUUACUUUCUGGUCAUGACCUCGUUAAAUCUUGUCCUUCGUUGGAUAAAUUUCUUUGGGUACUGAUUAUUCAUGUUUCCUACCAAAUCUUCUUGAAGAAAAAACACAUUAAUUAGAAAUAAUUUAAGAUUUAAAUGUUAUGCAUAAGACAUUUGGCUAAUAUAUUUUAUCCCUUACAGGUUAAAACAAAAUGAAGAUUUUUUCUGAAUCUCAUAAAACAGUAUUUGUUGUGGAUCACUGCCCUUACAUGGCAGAAUCAUGCCGACAGCAUGUUGAGUUUGAUAUGCUGGUGAAGAACAGGACCCAGGGAAUCAUCCCAUUAGCCCCCAUAUCUAAGUCAUUGUGGACUUGCUCAGUAGAAUCUUCCAUGGAAUAUUGUAGAAUAAUGUAUGAUAUAUUUCCUUUCAAAAAGCUGGUGAAUUUCAUUGUGAGUGACUCUGGAGCACAUGUUUUAAAUUCUUGGACUCAAGAAGACCAAAAUUUGCAAGAGCUAAUGGCAGCAUUAGCUGCUGUUGGGCCCCCUAAUCCACGGGCAGAUCCAGAAUGCUGCAGUAUUCUACAUGGUCUCGUUGCAGCAGUGGAAACCCUUUGUAAAAUUACAGAGUACCAACACGAGGCCCGUACUCUACUAAUGGAGAAUGCAGAACGUGUUGGAAAUAGAGGGCGAAUAAUUUGCAUUACUAAUGCAAAAAGUGAUAGUCAUGUGCGAAUGCUUGAGGACUGUGUUCAGGAAACGAUUCAUGAGCAUAACAAGCUUGCUGCAAAUUCAGAUCAUCUCAUGCAGAUUCAGAAGUGUGAGCUGGUCUUGAUCCAUACCUACCCAGUUGGUGAAGACAGCCUUGUGUCUGAUCGUCCUAAAAAAGAGUUGUCCCCUGUUUUAACCAGCGAAGUUCAUAGUGUUCGUGCAGGAAGGCAUCUUGCUACCAAAUUAAAUAUUUUAGUACAGCAACAUUUUGACCUGGCUUCCACUACUAUUACAAAUAUUCCAAUGAAGGAAGAACAACAUGCCAACACAUCUGCCAAUUAUGAUGUGGAGCUACUUCAUCACAAAGAUGCACAUGUAGAUUUCCUGAAAAGUGGUGAUACCCAUUUAGGUGGUAGCAGUAGAGAAGGCUCAUUUAAAGAAACAAUAACAUUAAAAUGGUGCACACCAAGGACAAAUAACAUUGUGUUUUCUUCUGUUUCAGAAUUACACUAUUGCACUGGCGCUUAUCGAAUUUCACCUGUAGAUGUAAAUAGUAGACCUUCCUCCUGCCUUACUAAUUUUCUUCUAAAUGGUCGUUCUGUUUUAUUGGAACAACCACGAAAAUCAGGUUCCAAAGUUAUCAGUCAUAUGCUUAGUAGCCAUGGAGGAGAGAUAUUUUUGCACGUCCUUAGCAGUUCUCGAUCCAUUCUAGAAGAUCCACCUUCAAUUAGUGAAGGGUGUGGAGGAAGAGUUACAGACUACCGGAUUACAGAUUUUGGUGAAUUUAUGAGGGAAAACAGAUUAACUCCUUUUCUAGACCCCAGAUAUAAAAUCGAUGGAAGUCUUGAGAUCCCUUUGGAACGAGCAAAAGAUCAGUUAGAAAAACACACCCGUUACUGGCCUAUGAUUAUUUCACAAACCACCAUUUUUAACAUGCAAGCGGUAGUUCCAUUAGCCAGUGUUAUUGUGAAAGAAUCUUUGACAGAAGAAGAUGUGUUAAACUGUCAAAAAACAAUAUACAACUUAGUUGAUAUGGAAAGAAAAAAUGAUCCUCUACCUAUUUCCACAGUUGGUACAAGAGGAAAAGGCCCUAAAAGAGAUGAGCAAUACCGUAUCAUGUGGAAUGAAUUAGAAACCCUUGUGAGAGCCCAUAUCAAUAACUCGGAGAAACAUCAAAGGGUGCUGGAAUGUCUGAUGGCCUGUAGGAGCAAACCCCCCGAAGAAGAAGAACGGAAGAAACGAGGAAGAAAGAGGGAGGACAAGGAGGACAAGUCAGAGAAAGCAGUGAGGGAUUAUGAACAGGAGAAGUCUUGGCAAGAUUCAGAGAGAUUAAAAGGCAUCUUAGAACGUGGGAAAGAAGAGUUGGCUGAAGCUGAAAUUAUCAAAGAUUCGCCUGAUUCCCCAGAACCUCCAAACAAAAAGCCCCUUGUUGAGAUGGAUGAAACUCCACCAGUAGAAAAAUCAAAAGGGCCAGUGUCCUUGUUAACCUUGUGGAGUAAUAGAAUCAAUACUGCCAACUCUAGAAAACAUCAGGAGUUUGCGGGACGUUUGAACUCUGUUAAUAAUAGAGCUGAGUUAUAUCAACAUCUUAAAGAAGAAAAUGGAAUGGAGACAACAGAAAAUGGAAAAGCCAGCCGGCAGUGAAGGGUGACGAGGAACUAAAUUUACUAUAUUGCAUAAAUAUUUUGGGCAGAAUUUGAUAUAAGUACUUUUACAGCAAGAUUGUAUAGUUAUGUUGCCUGCAAUGGUUUUUACAUUUUUAAAAUAUUUCAACUAACUUUAUCUUUUUUGUAUUAAUUGUAAGAUUGGCACAUAUGUCAAAAAGUAUACAUCUGAGAUUUGUCUUCCCAAAUCACACAAAUUUAUUUUAUGGUAAAGGGUUUUCCCUCUGGAAAUGUUUUUUAAAGAAUUCUUAGGCUUCUCUUUGCCAAAUAAAACUAUUAAAAUAUUUGAAAUGCAAAA